UUUGAUUAUCAAUAUGGACAACGUGUGAAAAACUCCCUUUUCUCUAGCCAACAUGUAUUUUUAGUGCCGACAAUUUACUUGACUUAAGCAGGCAUCCUUUUUCUUUACGUCUGUCUAAUCGGCCAUCUUGCUUGACAGCGAGGCCAUUCUUGUUCCGUAGGUCAAAGGCUUGUUCAGAAAAAUCUCUUUUUUGGCGCUAAAUAUAAAUGUGAAAAAUAGUUGAGGUUUUUGUUGGUUUCCCGACCCUGCAAUGGCUUGCAUGUGUUUACAUGUUCUAGGCGAAAAACGUUCAUUGGCAUUAUGGAAGAAGUUACAAACGAAACGGGGCAUAGACCGAGCGUCUCGAUGCCAUCUCUAGACACAUCCGACGAUUUUCCCUCUCAAACUCUAACCGUAGACAAUACGGACGCUGUAUUUACCACUACGGAGCCCUAUGGGUCGGCAACUUCAACUGACACGGUUGUCGCUUCGGACAGCUCUGAAAUUCGGACUAUGCAUGUGAACGCGACAGACAUUGCGGAAGACACAGCUCCAUCCACUAGUGAAUUGUCCACAGUCAGUCUUUUAGAAGCUUCGGAAUCGUCAAUUUUGACUGGCCCCACUUUUACGCCCGACCCCGAUAGUCAGCCCUUCGAGUCAACAUCGGGGCUGAUCGAGGCGGGGGCCGAUCAACAACCGAUACUAGACGCUCCAUCAGAAGGAUUUGAUGAUUCACAGGUUGACGAAGAUCCAUCGGCUGCUAUAGAUCAGUUCAUUCAGAAGAUUGCAGAUGAACAGCUUAGUUCAAAACGCAUGGAGGAGCGCAAGGAGGAGGAAGCUCAAGAAAAAAUGGAGCAAACUGUGAACAGUGAGGACGACACAGAAGACUUGAAUACAUCCGUGUCGAGUAACACUGUGGGCCCCACGCCAAUAGAUGACAAUUUCACUAAACCUGACGAAGACAAAUCACCAGUUGCUUUGGAUAAACCAGCAGAAGAAGAAAAUUAUGACUUGGAUGCAUCGAGAAAUCAAACAGAGGAAAAUGCUGAACCUGAACCGAUGGAAGUCGUCAGUGGCAUUGCGGUGGAGCAAAAGAAGACUUUAUUAAGUAUAACACCCAAAAUGGAAGAUGGAGACGAUCAUAUGAUGGCUGAAUCAAUAGAGGAGAUUCAGAAGGAAAUUGACAAAAUGCCGGCGAAGAAAAACUCCAAAACGGAACCGGUCGAAUCCACUGGCCUAAAUGCUAGAAGCCACAAUAGCCAUAAAAUGGUAAUGAAGGCCGAGGAGGAAAGCAUUGAAGAUAUUUUAGGCGGCGGCGAUGUUAAUCAAAAUAAAAGCAGUGCCGUGCUGGACCCUCCGCACAAAGGCCCUACCAUUGAAGAUUCCGCUGACGUAGCUAAAAACGCGAAUUUAAUCGAAAAAUCUCAAGAAGAAAUUAAAAAAUUGGAUGUUCUGGUAUGUGGCCAGUGCCACAACACCUUUUACUAUAUUCAGGAUUUUUCCGAUCAUAAAAAGGCGAAAUGUUCGCAAACAUCCGCUGUUACCAGCAUCUGUGAAUCUGAGGGCAAACCGCAAGUUUGGGGCUUUAUCUUAUGGAAAACUAAACAUGCUAAGGAGGAGCGCGACGCAGCCUCGUCUUGGCUAAUGUACCAAAGAUGGUGCAAAUUGCCCCAAUCAGACAAAAAUGCUUGGAUAACUGCAGGCCAAUCGAUUCAGUUCGCGAGCAAAAUAGGGAACUCGAGAGUAACUGAAGUAAGACCUGCAAAACCGGCCAAACAAACCACUGUACAGAGGAUUACUGACACCACUCCUCCGCCGCUGGAAUUCGUUGAUAGUAAUAAGGAAAAUUCAUCCAAUAUGGAUGCAAGCAACAUCAUCAAGAAGGGAAUUACCAAACCGGUAAAGUUGAACAACGACGUAACAAUAACGCCCAGUUCAAAAUCCGCUUCUACUAAUGACUUGUCGAAUUCAAACACUGCCAUUCGCACUACUAAAAUAGUCUCUACGCAGAAGGAUGAAUUCGUCGUUGAGAAAAUAAUUGCGAAAAGAUUCAACCCGAGGAAGAAGACCUGGGAGUACAACAUUAAAUGGGAAAAUUUCUCGCACGAAUCCAACACCUGGGAGCCGGUUAGUAAUUUGAGCCAUUGCAAGAAACUGCUGGAGCAGUUUGAAGAGCAACUGAAGCGUAUGAAGGAAGAAAAGGCCAAGCAGGUCCAAACGACGCCGAAAGGCCGAGGCCGACCGGCUAAGGUACCAAAGUCGCCUCCUCAUACAGCAGUUUCCCCAAAAAUCAGCAACGUCGUCGGCGGAGUGGCUGACGACUAUGGCAGCACAUCAAGCAAUCGCCCUCAGCGCUCCAGCAAGCAGAAGGCGAUGAACCAAGUGAAGCAGUGGUGCGGCAGCAUAUCAGAUGAAGAAGGCGAUUAUGAUCUCAAGCGCAAAUAUGAAACUGAUGACAGUGACGAAGAUUACGACGACAAAAGGAUCAAGUUGGAAGAAGAUUCUGACGAUUCCUCGCGGGAGGUCAGACACAGGAUGGGCGUGAAGAAAAUUUCCACAGCCAAGUCGCAAACGCCUGCCAAAGUGACUGUUAAAAACGGCAACAAUUCCCAGCAAAUAUUGCCGUCGAAUAUUUUGAUUCCAGACGCCAAUGGCGUGGUGCGAAUCAAUCAGAAGCAGUUGCCAGCCUUGAGUUCAGGGGUUUAUAUAAUGUCCAAAACUGCUGGCAUUAUUAAGUUGGACUCUACUUCGUCUAAAGUGGCGACAAGCGGCGGACAAACCAUUGUGAAAGUGGCGCCGAAGAUUGGCCAGACGCAAAUAAAGAUCGUCAAAAAAGAUGGGAAUACUACCAAACAAAUCAUUCAGGUGUCUCCGAAGACAAUUACCAGCACUCCAUUGAAAAUGCCGACAUCGGGCAAGCUACAGUCGAGGGACAUCAAACGAACUUCAUCGUCCGAUUCCAAGUUGGCAUCCAAGCUUUUUCUUUCGUCAAAGGAGCCAGAGGAUUCCGAGUCUGAUGAUGGCCUGGAGCCAUUGCCGUUCCCAAACCCUGAUGAUCCAUUGCCAGAGUUAGAGGACGAAGUGGAAGAUGAGAACUUUGUGCUGGACCCAGAAACAGGUAAACUUGCUGGUGUUGAUUAUGUGGACAAGCCGGUGGUUAUCAAGGAGGAGCCGACGCCGUCUGCGACAAAAAGCGAAUUGGAGAACAUCGUGAAAAUAGCUACCGCUGGUCUAUCAGAUGACGAGCUGCAAAACAGUGAUAGCCAAGACAGUGCGUUGUUCGAUGUGAAGCAAACAGUUAAACAGCCGAUCAUUAAGUCUGAGCCGUCAAUCGUGCAAGCUUCGUCCGGCCAUCCGUUGAGGAAAGUGGUUAAAUACGCUGUGUCUGGCGGUAGAACGGAAAGCUCCUCGAUUUUGAACAAGACGCUGCUGCAAGGAGCGCAAAAGCAGGUUGUAUCGCAGAGUGUAAAAGUGAGUCCUCAAAUGCAACAGCGCCGUGUAGUGCAACAAAAGGUAAUCAACCAAAUGAUUUCUCAGCGGACGCCUGGAUCUCAGGGCCGCACAGUGGUUAGGCAUGUGAUCGAACCCUCUAGACCAGGACAUGGUAGUAACGUUAAUGUUAUCCGCAAAACAAUUACAUCGUCGGCUAAGUCCAAGUUCAAUUUAACACCGCAAAAACCGCUCCCGUCUCCUCUUCAGCCGACCAGGACGUAUUCAGCUAUGGGGGGCAUUCGGCAAACCAACGUAGGGGGGCCAGGCUCGAAAGUUCAAGUCUAUUCCGCCAAGAGCAAUGUUGCGGCCAGCCAGACCGCUGCACAAGGGGGUGCUCGAAGAGUGGCAAACACUGUCGUUCGGUCUGCAGGUAACCAGGGUGUAGCCGCUCAAAGGCAACAUGCAUACGCAGCCCAGAAACAACCGGUAACCCGUAUAGUCCAACGGGUCGUGUCCACUCCAAAGAAACCGGGACAGGUGAACAGCAGCGUCGCUCAAGUGCAAGCCAAGCCGGCUUCUCCAGUUAAACCCAGGACGGUCAUCAGCAUGCCGAGUCUUACAGAAGAAGAUUCGCCGCUUUCGCCAACAAAGGCACAACAGAAGCAGCAGGCGGCCCAAGCAAAGGCAGCGCCAGCCAAAAUGGCUGCACCCGCGCCCGCAGCACAAAUCCAGAUGAAGCAAGAGGCUGCAGAACAGGCUGCUGCCGAAGCAGCAGAAGCCGCUACAACCGACCAGACUGACUGGUCGUCGUUCACCAUGGCAGAUGGGGACAAUCCCAUCUAUGUCACUGGGGAUGAUGGCACGAUAUAUCAGGUCGCAGGCCAGAACGAACAGGGACAAACGAUUUUGAUUACACAAGGACCAGACGGUCAGCAACAGUGUCUGUUGGUUACGAAUGAUAUUGCUGAGAUGACCGGCGAAGAUCAGCAGCAGGGUGCAAGCGGCGCUGAAGCCACCCCAGCUGAGGAAGUUACUCAAGCUACGGGCGUUGUCUUAGCGCAAUCAGAAGAUGGUACAUUGGAAAUACCGGUAGCUGCCGAUCCAGAAUUAGCACAGCAAGCUAGUAUUCAAACACCGUUGCAGAUAAACACCGAUACCGAAAUGAUGGAAUGCAUUGAGGAUGGCGAUGGAAUCCAGGAUCAAGUUGUGGCACAGGUUGUACGAGCGGAACCGCCCAGUCCUGGUGGUACUCAUAAAGUUGUAGUAAUGCUGCCGGACGGCAACUUAAUGGUGACUCAAGUCUCGCCUGAAGAAUACGCAAGUUUAGAGCUAGAGUAGAUUUUUAAACAUGCAGACAUUUAUUGGUUUUCAUCACUUAUGAUUUACAUUCAUAGGUAAAUGACCAUAAACUUGAAUAAUGUCGUAAAUUAUGUGUAAAUACGAGGGGUUAGGUCAUUAUCCAGAAACACAUUACACUGUGUCGAAAAUCUGCAAUUUUUUCUUUUAUUAUUUAUAUUCAUGUUGACCCGAGUUGUCUUUUGAUAAGUUGUAGGUAGUAUUAUCCUUUGUGGAAAAGUUUAAUGUAUAAUAAAUUAUAUGAUAGUGGGAAAGGAAUUGUUACAAUGAAAUAAAGCCACUUUCUCUAAAAACGUGCAGCCCACACAUUCGAGUACCAAAACGACUUCGACGCUGCAGGUUGCGUUUCUCCUUUUUAUAUAAACGUCCCUGUAAAUUAAAUUUACGCAUUGAAAGUCUAAUCAUUUUAUAGUUGUAACCUUGUUUAUUUGUAAACAAUUGUAUUAUUAUAGCAGGUAAUAAAAGUAUGUAUUUGAAA